UUUGUCAGUAAACACCUGACAGAUUGGUAAUUCAAUCUAUAUUGUAAGAAAAAGUAGUUUUAUAUAUUAAAAUUAUAUUUAUAAUAAAUACUGAUUUACAAAUAAGCAUUUGAAAAGAAACAUUCAAUUUUAUAGAAAAUUCUUUCUUUGUUUAGUUCAUAAAAGUACAUAAUAAAGGAAUAUAAAUUUGUAGCAACAACUUCGGACAAAUUCAUUCACAAAUUAAAAUAGGUUCAUGCCAUUGAAGCAGACAGUUAUAUAUUUUUCUGAAAAAAAUAAAAGAUAAUAGGUAAAUACAUGGAUACACCUAUUUCAAAUUGUUCGAUCUGAAGAAAGCUAAAAUGAAAAUGAACAGUAAUAAGUCUCGAUUUCUGACAAAUGAAAAUUUGACUUAACGAAAGUGACACAUUUGCAGAGAGCCGUGACCCAUGAGGCCACUAACAGGGCUUCUGAAAGUUUAAAAAUAGUUAAAUAAUUGGUAAUGAAGUACCAAAUAAUUUAUCUUAAAUUGUUGCUCCAAAGUUGUUUAUAUAAAAUUCUUUUCCAUUAAAAUAGAAAAGUGAUUUGAACAUUUCAUUUUCGAUAAUUUCGAAAUAUGGCUUCAAAAGUUACACUAUCCCAGGCUCUGGGUACAGAUGGAAGUGAUUUUAAUCAUAGACAAAAAAUUGCUAGUCACUAUCAAAUCAGCGCAACAAAUAAAUCAAGACUGAAAUAUUGCAUAUUUUUUCAUUACCUUCUUUUCUUCGUUAUGCUUGCCAAGUUAUCGGCUGACAUUUUAGAUCAUCUGGAUAUAUUUAUUUUAGAGAUUGAGGAGUUACAAGUACCUCAGCCUCUAUGGUGGGAAUACAUAUGGUGCUCAAGUUUGAUGUUAAGUUUCCUUGCAUUAUCCGCUAUCAAAAGAAACAGAGUUAAAACAUUACAACAAUAUAUAAUAGGUAUCAUUUUAUUAGGAUAUGGUCCACUUUUUUACGCAACUGUUUAUUAUUUCAAGGACGUUUGGAAAUACCUUAAUAUUGGCAAAUCGGAAGAAAUUCAUUUAUGGCAGGAUCUGCCAUAUGGUUUAUUGUGGUAUGCGUUUAUACUACUGGCCUCUCAAGUUCAUUCAUUUUCCUUGUACUUCUCUUGGAACCUUCUUGUAGCUUGGAAAACACGAGGAAUCAAGAAAGUUGAAUAAUAAAACAGAAAAACUAUUACAAAUUCAAGCAUAUCUGUGAAUAUUGUUGAUCAUACAUAUUUUUAUUUAUAAUAAAGAAAGAUACAUAUA